AUGCCACCGCUGUACCUGCGGCAAGAGUUUCCAACUCUUAAAGCAUUCAAGGAAGCGCUGCACGCUUGGGCCAUCGAGGCGCACUUCGAGCCACGCAUUCUCAAGUCGGACACGGGCCGGGUCCGCGUGGGCUGCAAGAGGGAUCCCAACUGCCCAUUCGUCAUCCGAUGCAAUUGGGAACGGCGAGGGGGCCGAGAGCCGCUGGCGCGAGUCACCGUCAUGAGGGAGAAGCAUACGUGCCUGAAUGGUGUGGAGUGGUUAGCUGCAGCUCAGGGCGGCGGCAGCGCUGCCGGGGCUGUUCAUAAUGGUAUGGGAGGGCAGAAUCCGGGGAGUGGGCCGGCGCAGAUGAGCAACGACAUGAAUGCGAUCAACAGAAUGGGGACGGUGGAGAUCCGCCAGGACGAGGCUGGGAACAUUGUUGGUGGAGCGAGGGUGUUGGGGCCUGUGGAUCCCAGGCCCAGGGAAAGCGUUGGUGGCCAGCAACAGAUUGCGCCAGUCUUGCCAAAGGUGCAGAGGAACAGUGCUUCACGGCUGCCAUUCUUGAUGGAUAUCCUACCACGGCUUAUGAAUAUCACCAGAGCGACGACACCGGCCGAAAUUAGGGACUGUCUGUUGAGGGAGUAUGGCGCCGAGGUACACUUGCAGCAAUGUCGAAGGGCCAAGACGGAAAUUCUGAAGAAACGGGCUGCGGAGGCGGAGACAGAAAGAGGACCGGAUGUGGGUCAACCACAAGGACAAAAUGGAGGCCAACAAAGCCUGGAUCGUAUGAGCAGUGAGGGUGCGAAUAGUUCCAACCAACAGCUUUUUGGGGACAUGAAUGGUUCGCCAAGCCAGAGCCCGCACACGUUUACAUUACACACGGCACAAGGUGUGGUCACUCCAGUAAUGGCCGAUCGGUCAACAUCUGCCCUAAGGGCAGUGGGCGAGGCACCAGUUCGAUGUCCAUACUGCAUCAAUCAUCGAUGGAUGCGGAGCAUCAAGGAUGCUGUAGAGCACAUGUCGAUGCAUGUUGUUGUGUAG